AUGGAUUUCCAACACAGAGUCGGUGGCAAAACUGGCUCUGGUGGUGUUGCCUCAGAAUCGGAGGCCAAUCGUGACAGGCGCGAAAGGCUGAGACAGUUGGCUUUGGAUACAAUCGAUUUAAAUAAGGACCCAUAUUUCAUGAAAAACCAUUUGGGCACAUACGAAUGCAAAUUAUGUCUUACACUGCAUAACAAUGAAGGAAGCUACCUGGCACAUACACAAGGUAAAAAGCAUCAGUACAAUUUACAGAGACGUGCCGUUGAACAAGCCAGAGAAGCUCCUGCCACCAUGCAACCAGAAAGGGUGAAGGUGGAGCCGAAAAAAUUCAUCAAAAUCGGUCGGCCUGGUUACAAGGUCACCAAGCAAAAAGACCCGGAAACUGGUCAACAGUCCAUGUUAUUCCAAAUCGAUUAUCCCGAAAUCGCGGACUCAGCCGGUGUUCUUCCUCGGCAUAGAUUCAUGUCUGCCUACGAACAACGGGUCGAACCUCCUGAUCGUAAAUGGCAGUAUUUACUUUUCGCUGCAGAGCCUUAUGAAACGAUUGCCUUCAAAAUCCCCAGUCGUGAAGUGGACAAGGAUCCGAAAAAGUUAUGGACCUACUGGAACCCAUCUGUUAAACAGUUCUUUUUG